AUGCCCCCCGUCCGUGGUCGAGGAAAAUUCAGGGGACGUGGUAGGGGUCCUCGAGUUAAUACUAGCAGAAAAGAUGCCUUCCAGACUUCGCGGCUCGAUGAAGCAGAAUCCAGCGAUGAUUCUAAUGCGGAAGACGGUUUUCCAGAAGGACUAGAAAACGAAAUUGGUGGCGAAGUCCCUUUCGAUGACAUCUCUUCGGACAGCGACGAAGAGGAGCAGGAAAAGGCACAGCCAUACAACGAACUUCUACAGUUGCUUAAUACAGGCUCAGACUCUAAAGGACCUGCCCGUAAAAGGAGAAAACUAGGUCAUAAGAACAGCGACAAGCAUGAAGAGGUCCGAAAUGACUCUGUUUCCGAACAAGGAGAGGAUGAAGAGAUUCCAGAAGAAGACGAUCUUCAGGAUCAAGAGCCUUCGGAUGACGAAGAUGAAGAGAAUCUGGGGGAAGGAGUCAAUAACGCUGCGGAAGAAGAAUAUGAUGAUGAUGAUGAUGAUCAUGAAGAUGCCAGCAACCCAUUCGAGGUUCAUUUUACUGGCCCUGGCGAUGGCGAACUGUCCCAGAAGGUACAGUCUAUAUCCGAAAAGAAAUGGAAAUCUUCAAAGAAAGAAUUCCCUGAUAACAUAAGACUUGUACGAGCCGUUCCCGACAUCACUGGAAGCAAUGCCUCGUUGCUGCCAGCGAUGAAACAUACAGCAAAUGCGAAGCUCAAGAAAAAGCUUACUACUCCGGCCGCGGAGUUUGUACCUGAUAUCAACGGACAUGCCCAGCAGCUUGCUCCCUAUGUGUUUGGCUACCAGGAUAUUUUAUAUGGGGCAAGGACCCUGUCGAACUCGGGACAUCUACGAGACAUUCUAGCGCUCCAUGCUGUCAACCACAUUCUGAAAACCCGGGACAGGGUACUUAAGAACAACGCUCGUAUCGCCAAGGAGCAGGACACGGAUCUCGAGCUGCGAGACCAGGGUUUCACAAGACCGAAGGUGCUUUACAUUUUGCCCACCAAACAAGCGUGCGUUCGAGUGGUGGAGUCGAUGAUUAGAUUCUACCAGCCGGAGCAGCAAGAAAACAGAAAGCGGUUCCUGGAUACGUUUUCGGCACCGGAGGAGAGAAACUGGGAAAAUAAGCCAGGGGAUUUUAGGGAGUUGUUUGGUGGGAACGACGACGACAUGUUCAGAUUGGGUCUGAAGUUCACCCGCAAGACUAUAAAAUAUUUUGCACAGUUUUACAAUUCGGACAUGAUCCUUGCAAGUCCGUUGGGCCUACGGACGAUCAUGGACCAAGCAAAUGCGAAGAAGCGUGACCAUGAUUUCCUGUCAUCGAUUGAAGUAGUCAUAGUGGACCAUGCAGACGCGCUUCAAAUGCAGAAUUGGGAUCAUAUCGACUACGUCUUCCGUCAUCUGAACCUCCAGCCCAAAGAAGCGCACGGGUGUGAUUUCAGUCGUGUGCGGACCUGGUACUUGGACAACCACGCGCCGUAUUUCCGACAGACGAUCGUGCUGUCAUCGUACAUCACGCCGGAAAUUCACUCGCUAUACUCUUCGCAGAUGCGCAAUUAUGCAGGAAAAAUUAAGUUGACGCCAACCUACGUAGGGGCCAUCACGGAAGUGCCACUUCCUGUACCCGUCAAGCAGACGUUCUCACGCUUCGACAGCCUCUCGCCUGCAAAGGACCCGGAUGCACGAUUCAAGUACUUCACGACGGCCGUGCUGUCGUCUCUGGUGCGGAGCUUAACUACGCGCGGGGGCAAGGGGAAUGCGGGGGGCACGCUGAUCUUCAUCCCGUCGUACUUGGACUUUGUCCGCAUCCGCAACCAUUUUGCGACAUCUUCGCAGACGGCCAAUGUCUCCUUCGGGGCGAUUUCCGAGUACACGGAGGUUCCAGACGUCACGCGGACGCGGACGCACUUUAUGAACGGGCGGUACUCGGUGCUGCUGUACAGCGGGCGAUUUCACCACUUCCGACGGUAUCAAAUCCGCGGGGUCAAGCAGAUCAUCAUGUAUGGAGUGCCCGAGAACCCGUUGUUUUGGGGGGAGAUCGUGGGGUUUCUGGGACUGGACCCAGCCGGGGUGGUGGAUGCUGCAGAGGGAGGCGGGGUGCGGGCGCUGUUCUCCAAAUGGGAUGUUCUGAAGCUGGAGCGGAUUGUAGGCACGAAGAGGGUGGGCAACAUGGUGCGGGAGAAGGGUGGAGAUACGUUUACCUUUGUAUAG